UAUAUACAAUAAAAGAGAAAUCGGGGAUCAAGUUUUUGAUACUCAGAGUUCAAUUAAGGUCGAAAUGGGUCGCUAUAAAUCGAAGGUUCAACUCAGUUUGAUCAAAGACCAGAACCAACGAAAGAUUACAUGCCAAAAAAGAAAGGCAGGAUUAAAGAAGAAGGCCUAUGAGUUAUCCACCCUCUGCGACAUUCCGGUCCUCGCAUUAUUCUUUGAUCCAAGCACCGGAGAGGUCGACUCAUGGCCCGAAAAUGCUCAAGAAGCAAGAGAGAUCAUGGAGAGGUACAUGAGCUCUAGCAAGAAAUCCCGAGAGGAGAGCACAUUCAGCCCUCCAAGCUUCAAUAAAGCUCAAACCUGCGAGCUGCAAUCUGAUCUCAAGAAUGCCCGCCUAGCAAAGCUCCAGAGGUUGGAAGCUAAGAUCAAAUCUGUUGACGAGAGGAUUCAGCUGCUUGAGAAAGGGCAUAUUAUGGCUGAGGGAAGCUCUGAACUAGGGAACAGUACAUACCGGCAAGACUCGAUGCAAGAGAGUGUCAGGUGUGAUUCUCCUUGUGAAGUGAUGAUGCUUGGCCAAUCUGAUGUUGAUAAGGGCACUGGCAUUCCAAAUAUCGAUUUAGUCAACAACAGGAUCGAGUUUGUUGAGAAUGGCAGUAACAAUUAUGUUGUUUCGAAUGAAAGUUUGGAGAAAGAGAGAACUGCAUUCUGGCAAGAUUUGUUGAUGGAAGAUAGUAUGCCAGAGUACAGUUUUGGAGCUUUUCUAGACUUUGAACUGGACAGCUUCACUGUGAAUCUGCAGGUGGGAAAUUGUGAUGGAGGAGCCCAUUACAUUAAUUUUGCCAAAUUUGAUCAUUUGGGUGUGGAGCUUAUGCAGGAUUAUCCUCUGUCCAGUGAUUUUUAUGCUCCGGAGGAACUCCCAUUGUUUUACUGAACAGAGCCAUUCGUAGAAGGAGAUGGGCUAUAUUGGUUCAGCUUCGGGUAUGGAAGGAGCAAUUUUGUUUGUA